CGUCAGGUUAUAUAGUUCGUGGUUCAGAUUAGUAUCAAUAAGAAAGUAGUGUUCCAAAUAAAAUUUCAAUUAUAAAUUAAACAUAUUGCGCGAACAUGCCGACCUACGAAAUGCCAUUAUUAAUACGAAUAGCAAACAAGGCACAAUAUGCAUCUGUCUUAAAGAAUGUGGCAAAUUCUAUAUUUGAGACAGGUGGAUUUAUUAGAAAAAUUGAAAAUUGGGGUGAUAAGCAACUUCCAUACGUAGCAUCUGCUCAUGGUAAAACUAAUACACACGCUAGACAUUUCAUGAUUUGUUUCGAUGUACCACCAUCUCAAAUUAGUAAACUUGAAGAUGAUUGUGGAAGAAAUAUAAGUAUUAUUAGAGCAAAAAUAUAUAAACAAAAUAUCCCAUCUCAGGAUAUACAAUGCACAUGGGAAGAAGAAAUGUUACCUCCACCUUAUAGACCCAGUGUGUUAAAACUUUUAGAACAAGCCAAGAAACAUAAGCGAUACAGAUCUCAAUUCAAGUAUAAUUCUGGUCUUGAUUAUUAUCCUUUCGUGCGAUGAAUCAUUUGCUUGUUCACGAUACGAUAUACCAUGUAUAGUAUAAGAAUAAAAUACAUAGAAGUUACAAAUUUGUGGAGCUAUGUAAAUAAAAAUUUGGGCAAAGCCAAAUAAAAUGAAAAUAAUUUAGUAAAUGUAAA